AUGGGAGGCGGUGAUCUUUAUUUUUCGGACAUGGAGGAAGAGGAGGCGGAGGCGGAGGCGGAGGAGGAGGACAACGGUGUCAAGCUUCGCGUGUUUUCCGAAACGGCGUCGUUGGAAGAUGAUCCGGAGAGGUGCCGAGAAAUAAUCGUGACGCUUCAACAGAGGUUUCAGUUUGUUAGGUUAGCUCUUAAGUAUCAUUGCGCUGCAGAAGAUGAGAUUAUCUUCCAUGCUCUCGAUGCGCAUGUCAAAAAUGUUGUAUGUACAUAUUCCCUUGAACACAACAGCGCCGAUGGCCUGUUUGUUUCUAUCUUACACUUCUUGGAUGAGCUUAUGGGCUCUAGUCACAAUAUUUCCAACCUGUUCCGAGAACUUGUCUACUGCAUUGAUAUCUUGCAAACCUCCAUCUACCAACAUAUGUUGAAAGAAGAAGAGCAGGUUUUUCCUCUGUUGAUCCAAAAUUUGUCUACUAAAGAACAAGCCUCGCUUGUGUGGCAAUUCAUAUGUAGUGUUCCUAUAAUGUUACUGGAAGAAGUUUUGCCAUGGAUGUUAUCCUUUCUUUCAGCAGAUAAACAAGCAGAAGUUACUCAGUGUUUUAAUGAAAUUGCACCAAUGGAAAGAGCACUGCAAGAGGUUUUGGUUUCUUGGCUUGGAAGCAACAAACAAACCUUCUCUGGGACAUAUUUUCACAGUGAGGAGCUUCAAGGUUCUCAUGGAUUCCAACAUAUAGAAAAAUCUUUUGUGCAGAGUUCUUGCAAUAGGAACUACAAAGAAAUUUCAAAUGAGAUGGAAGUGUAUGACAAAGAAACAGAAGAUGGGGUCAACCAGGUUAAGGUUCUCCAUCUUUGGCAUAAUGCCAUAAGGAAAGAUUUGAAAGAAAUCCAGCAAGAGCUUUAUCUAAUAAGAAAUUCCGGCUGUUCUCAAAAUUUAGACUCGAUACUUAUCCAGCUAAAAUUCUUGGCCGAUGUCCUCAUCUUCUACAGCAAUGCUCUGAAAAAAUUCUUUCAUCCUAUACUGAACAAACUGGCCCGUGGCCGAUUUUCCAAGUCUACUGAAUAUUUACUUGGAGAAAGUCACAUUGAGGAUAUACAACAGUUGCUACUUUAUAACUCAGAAAGCGAAAUGCCUGUGACCAAAUUUGUAGAGAAGCUUUGCGGAAAACUUGAAUUAUUUGUAUCAGCAGUCAACGAACAAUUUUCUUUUCAAGAAAUUGAGGUGUUUCCUAUCUUUAGAAAGAACUGCAGAAAUGGAAUGCAAUUCACUUGUCUGAAAAAGAAUCCAGGUAAAACCUCAAUUGAGAAGUUUCGACAGGGUUUGCAGUAUAUGUUCAAAAGAAGACACUCUUUUUCAUCUGAGAAAAUGAAGGAAACUAGUGGGUUUUCAUUCUUAAGUUCUGACAAGCAGCCACAUAAAAAUUGUGCCAAGAAUUGUCUGUCCAAUUCAUCAUCUUCUGGAUCCAAAAAUGUGAACAAGUAUGAGACACCAUACUCCACAGGAAUUAAUUUGCACAUAUUUUUCCCUGACACAGCUAUGAAGUUAAACCAGCAUCCAAGGUUUCAUGCAGCAAAUUCGUCUUCUGUUUCCUUUCUUAAUGAUCCAAAACCAAUUGACCUGAUAUUUUUCUUUCACAAGGCUAUUAAGAAAGACUUGGAUUACCUAGUUCUUGGCUCAGCUAAGUUAGAGGGACAUGAUGAGUUUAUAGAUUUCCAAAAACGGUUCCAUCUCAUAUGUUUUCUUCAUCAAAUCCAUAGUGAUGCGGAGGAUGAGAUAGUUUUUCCUGCCUUGGAGGCAAUAGGUCAGCUUAAAAACAUUAGCCUUGCCUACACCUUCGAUCAUAAACAUGAAGUUGAGCACUUUGCUAAAAUAUCUCGCAUUCUUGACAGGAUGUCUGAAUUACAUCCUUUGGUUUCUACUACUGAUUCAAAGAUAAGGGAGAAGAGAAUGCUAAGGCGUGAUCGUUUAAUCAAGAAGCUGCAAGAAAUGUGCAAAUCGAUGCACAAGUUACUUUCUGAUCAUAUAAACCGUGAGGAAAUAGAACUUUGGCCUAUAAUUAGAGAAUUCUUCUCAAACCGAGAGCAAGGGAAGAUCAUAGGAUGCAUGCUUGGAAGAAUAAGUGCAGAAAUAUUACAAGAUAUGAUACCAUGGGUGAUGGCAUCUUUAACACAGGAAGAGCAGCAUAUUUUAAUGUUCUUAUGGUCCAUGGUUACUAAGAAUACAAUGUUUGACGAGUGGUUAAGUGAAUGGUGGAAUGGGUACAGUUUAGCUAAGGAAGCAGAUGAAUCAAAUGAUGCCCCUCUACAGAAUGUUGAACCACUAGAAGUUAUAUCCAAAUAUUUGUCUGAGGAAGUUCUUAAUGAAUUACAAGAAGAAUCAUCGGCCAACGAAAGCAUAAGUUUUUGGCAGAAAGAUCUUAUUGGCAAUAAUUCUGCGCUCUCCAACUCCAAUGUUGAUGACAACGUUAAGGUUCAUAAUGCAGCACAAAAUUAUAGUCAAUGUUCAAAAUGCACAAAUCAAUUUCAUGAUAUUAAGAAACAUACCUGCAAUGAAGUAAAACCAGUGGGCAUUUUGGCAAGUCAGUCUUUUCAACAUUUUGAUUUGGACAAGUCUGGGCAUUAUGACCGACUUCUGAAAUUGAGUCAAGAUGAUCUGGAGAGGGUGAUAAGAAGGGUGUCUCGUGACUCUUCCCUAGAUUCUCAGAAAAAGUCAUACAUAAUACAGAGUCUACUUAUGAGCCGUUGGAUUAUUAGUCAGAAGAUUUCUUCUAUGGAAGUCAAUAUCAAAAGCGAUGGGCUGGAAUUCCCUGGGAAACAUCCAUCUUACAAGGAUCCUCUCAAACAAAUCUAUGGCUGCAAACACUACAAGCGGAACUGUAAGCUUUUUGCUCCCUGUUGCAAUGAACUUCAUGCUUGCAUACAUUGCCAUGAUGAGGUAUCAGAUCAUGUAAUUGAUAGAAAAUCUAUUACAAUGAUGAUGUGUAUGAAGUGCUUGGUGAUUCAACCAAUCAAUGCCACAUGCUCAUCAGUUUCUUGCCGUAAUUUAUCCAUGGCAAAAUAUUACUGCAAGAUCUGCAAAUUGUUUGAAGAUGAAAGGAAAAUUUACCACUGUCCCUUUUGUAACUUAUGCCGACUUGGAAAGGGUUUGGGUGUUGACUUUUUUCAUUGCAUGAAUUGCAAUGCUUGUUUGUCCCGUUCUCUUAUGAUACAUACAUGCAGAGAAAAAUCUUUAGAGGAAAACUGUCCGAUUUGUCAUGAAUAUAUCUUCACAUCCUGCUCUCCGGUAAAAGCCCUUCCAUGUGGUCAUGUGAUGCACUCAACAUGUUUUCAGGAAUAUACUUGUUUUAACUAUACCUGCCCAAUAUGUAGCAAGUCACUUGGAGACAUGCAGAAUGCCUUGCAGGUUUAUUUUAGGAUGCUAGAUGCACUAUUGGCUGAGGAGAAAAUGCCUGACGAGUUUUCCGGUCAAAUCCAGGUUAUUUUAUGUAAUGACUGUGAAAAGAAAGGAGCAGCUCCCUUCCACUGGCUUUACCAUAAAUGCAUUUCUUGUGGUUCCUACAACACUAGAGUUUUAUGA